AUGACCGAGACAACCGUCAGACUUCAUAUCACACCCUUAACCCCCGAUAUCCUCCCGGCCGUCCUGCCACCUUCGCUCCGCCAGACCGCUACCGACAUUUCCUUCCACACGAUUCCCACCUUUCCCGAAAACAGCUACGGCUACAUUACUUUGCCGAUCAUGGACGCCGAAAAGAUCAAGAAGAAGCUCAAUGGCUCAAUUCUCAAGGGCAAGAAAUUCAAGGUCGAAGCUGCCCGGCCAUCCAAGAGAGAGCGAGACGCUGAGGAUGUUGAUGCCGGAGCUGAGGAGAAGAAAGAGAAGAAGAAGUCCAAGAAGCGCAAGUCAGAGGAGCAAGAGGACGGUGUGUUAGAGGGUUACGAGCUUCCCUCUGAUCGCAAGGUUAAGCGAGGAUGGACGGAGCCCUCUAAAAAGGACCGACGAAGAGCCGAGAAGAGCAAGAGCAAGGGCGAUAAAAAGGAAAAGCCCCAGGCCAAGUCCAAGUACACAGAAAAGGAGGAGUGUCUCUUCCGAGCGACAAUCCCUCCCAAUCGCAAGUCCCUCGACGCCGCCGACGAGAAGAAGGCCAAGAAGGCCAAGAAAUCAACCGAUAACGUUGUCCACGAGUUUGCCAAAGCGACCACUUAUCCCAGCUUCCUCCGUACAUCAGGCGAGAAUGCUGUCCCGACGACUGAAUUUGAUGAAGGGAAAGGCUGGGUGGAUGCUUCGGGCAAGGUGAAGGAGGCUGCGAGCGACAAGGCCCGCAAACAUGACUACCAUCCUGGACAAAAGGCGGGUGCCAAAGUGAAGAAAUCCGAGGUCCAAAAAAUGCUGGUGAAGAAAAAGUCACCGGAACCCUCGAGUGAAUCAGAGGAUUACACUUCGUCCAGCGGGCCAUCGUCUGAUGAGAGCGCCGACUCUGAGAGCGAAGCAGACAGUUCAUCUGAUGAUUCAUCUGAUUCGUCUGACGACGAAGCGGACGAGAAGCCGGAACCUACAAAGCAAACGGCAAAGGCUGCGCCUGCCACCGAGAACGCCAUCGAGGAUGCCCCCGAGGAAUCAGACUUAGAUCCCGACGCAGAAAUGGCCGACGAGCCUGCCAAAGAGGCGGAAGAACCCUCAACACAAGAGGUUCAUCCUUUGGAAGCACUCUUCAAAAGACCAGCUCCCACGUCCACCGAGGAAAUCGCUGCGCCUGCCCCCGCCGCCGGGUUCAGUUUCUUCGGCGGCGACGACAUCGAGUCCGAAGAUGAGCCGCAAUCUGCAGAGCCUCAGACCCCCUUCACGCCGUUUACCAAGAAGGAUCUCCAGGUUCGAGGCUUACGAAGUGCUGCACCUACACCCGACACUACCAUGGUGAACCGCCGCAUGAACUGGAUUGAGGCUGAUGACGUGGAGGAUGACGAGGAAGAGUUUUCUGUUGAUACCCCUGUUUCGAAAGCCCGGGAGAAGGAAGGACCCAAGGAAGAGACUGAGUUUACGAAAUGGUUCUGGGAGAAUCGUGGUGAGAACAAUCGUGCUUGGAAGAAGAGGCGACGUGAUGCGGCUAAGGAGCAGAGGCAGAGAGACAACCGGAAGAAGGGUAUGAAGGGAAAGUCUUAG